UUUCAUUAAACGGCCCGGAGAAAUGACUUCGUCGCGUGUUAGCGAGCUGCAUAAUGGACACAAGUGUAUUCUUCGCGCGAAGCGCCAAACAGUCGGUUGCAAACAGCCAUUUAAGUUGGACACAUUUAAAUACCUAGCGCAAUUCUGUUUUGUAAGUCUUGUUAUUCCCAGAAUACAUGCGCAUCCGAAAUGCGAAGGCGUGGAAUUAUCAGAAAAUGAGGACAUAACGUGUGACAUCAUACGCGACAUUCUCGACACCCACAACAGAAUACGUCAAUCUAUCGCCGAGGGAUCAAUUAAUGCUCAACCACCUGCCGCCAAUAUGCGCGAACUGUAUUGGGACCGUGAACUCGCAUCCGGUGCGCAAAACUGGGCGAAUCAAUGCACAUUCGCUCAUAACGACGCGAAGGAUAGGAAAGUCGCCUUAAUGCCUUUGAACGAGAAUACUCAAAACGACUCCACGUCGUCGUCGGCAUCGCUAAAGAGAUUCGAAGUCGGCCAAAAUAUCGGUUUAACGAGGAUAAGAGGAAAGAGCCACAAUAAUACGAAAAUCGAAUUUCCCAAGCAGAUAUACGAAUGGUUUGACGAGCACAAAGCCUGCCGGUUCGGCCCUAUCAACAAAGUAACACAAGUAGCUGGCCAUUAUACACAGCUCGUCUGGGCAAAUACUUAUCUAGUCGGAUGCGGAUAUUCGCAAUAUCAAAUGCCGAAUAAUACGACUUAUCGAUAUUAUAUUUGCCAUUAUGGACCCACCGGCAACGUAAUUGAUGAAAAGCCGUACAUAGUUGGCAAUCGUAGUUGUGAUUCCUUUUUAAAAACUUCGGAUAAAUAUCCUAAUCUUUGCAGUCUCCAGGAUGCACCAGUGAUUUGUCUUAAAAACGAUGUUAAAAAAAUUCAUGGCGACAACAAACUCACGCCUGUCGGAAGUAGUCGGAGAUUUUUGAAUAAUAUUCGCGAUAACAUACGACAGAUUAGGCGUAAUAUUAUGCAUAACAAGGCAAAGAAAAAUAAAUCCGCACACACAAAGUGCAAAGUUAUUUCCAUCAAGGAUAUUCUGCAGUACAAUAAGAUUGUAAUAUUGUUCUGAGUUCGACUAACUAAUUAUCAUAACAUUGCGUAAUGUAUUUCUGUUUAAUAAUAUUUCAAUUAUUAAUAUCCAGAGUUUGAAACAAUAACAGGCGUGUGCUCUAUGUUCUGACAGUCUCGUUAAAACUUGUCUUCAAUACAAUUUCAUUCUAUUAUGCGAAUGUAAGACUGAUAAGAUUUAACUUUGCGCACGACUCUUAAUUAAAUUGACAUGUAUUAAAUUGACAUGUAAAAAAAAAUUGAUGUAUAUAAGUUAAGAAAACUGUUCUAAGUUUAGAAAUUAGAUUUAAAUACACGAUUUUAAAAAGUUGUUAAUUUUUUUAAAAACUACAUUUUCAUUUUCAUUAAAAAUCUUGAAGUUAUCGAGGAAAAAGACGAAAAAAUAUUUGCAGAAAGAGUGAGUAUCGAAAGUCAAAAGAUUAAAAGGAAUACUUGCUUAGCGAUAAGCAACAAACUAUGCACACAUGUACAUAAUUGAUUGCUACUGUUUAAAUUAUCCAUUUUUCAUACCUUAACAAGCCGUUUUUGCAUAUUUAACAACAGGAAAGGUCUCGCUAUUCAAAAAGUGCAGAUAACAGUAUCUCUUAAAUAAUAUUUAUUCUUAUUUUAAAAUAUAUGCACAACAGCUUAGGUAUUAUUCACAAUUAGGUUUUGAUUUACAAGUAUGUAUAUCUUUACAAUCCGCAAUGAGGUAAAUCUAAGUUUAUCAAAGAUUACGACUGCAUACUUCGUAAUAAGAAUUUAAAUUCAAAAUUGUCUAACUAUGGUUUUCCGGUAUACCGUCAAGAAUCCGAUAAUGAUCACAGAUCGUACAACGUCGUUUCGUUCGUUGAACGAAGAUUAAUGUUUUCACGUACAACUGAAACGUGCAAUGGUCGAUUGUAAAAAAGAUCAACUAUGUCUCAUGACAGAUAAUUUUUUUUAAUUUUAACGCACGCCAAAGGAACAUGCAAUUUUUUUGCACAAAUUCUCCUGAGCAUUUGCUCAUUGAGCAAUCGUACUGGACGCACUGUUCCGCUGCGUAAAAACAUUUUCUCGUCCACACCUGUUCGUCGCACUGACGGUAGCAAUGUUGCUAGAUCAAUUGGUAUAAUUAUGUUGCUUUUGAUAUGCUACAAACAAUACUAAAAUAAAAUAUCAUUGUUCAAUUUAUUUCAAUAUUAUUUGUAACGUAAGAAAAUUAAUAAAAUUGUAUCAAUUGAUCUGACAAUACCGGACGGUGGCGACGUUUUAACAGACAAAAGAGUCUACCGACGAUGAUUAUCGCGCCGAAACAGUACGGAAGCGAGUUUAAUUUACUAUACUUCUCCAUAGUAUUAAGUGAGGUUCGUAGUAUUUUUUCUUAAAAUAGAUUUAAUUCCCGUUUGCUUAUAGCUUUGUGCAAUUGGAUAGCCAUUGUCUCUCUUUAGGUCUUCUCCCGCUAAUGAUCGUAAGAACAAGCUUAUCAACAUGAAAGAAAAUAUAAACUCGAUAAAAACGAUUAAAAUUAAUUUCAGUCUUAACUAAUUUUCAGAAUAAUUCAAGUG